AUGCCGUUCAACCAGAGCCAGCUUGACGAGAUCGUCCACAAGUACCACACCGACGGGUACGUCAUCAUUGACGGCCUCAUCCCCGACGAGUUGUACGAGCCCCUGUGCACGGCAGCCGAUGAGGUGACGGCCAAGGGCCGUGCGCACGAGUGGAAGGACGUGCGCAUGGUCGGCAAGCAGUUCCCCCCCUGGGUCGAGGGCGACGACGUCUGGGGCAUCCAGAACAUUAUGCACCCCGACCUCGCGCAGCCCGUCUUUGCCCAGUGGUACGGCAGCGACGACCUGCUCGAUGUCAGCGCCGCGCUGAUGGGUGUGACGCGCGACGACAUGCAGUUUGAGCUCUUCAACAUCCUCGUCAACCCCCUCGAGAAGAACUACGCCCUCUCAUGGCACCGUGACGACAUCAAGGCGACCGCCACGGCUGAGGAGGAGGAGGAGGAGCUCAAGAUCAAGCACUACAGCAUCCAGUGGAAUGUUGCACUGUACGACGACGCGUGCCUCACCGCCAUCCCGCGCAGCCACAACCGCGUGCGCACCUCUGCCGAGCGCAAGGCCAACCUCGAGGGCGGUGAGAUGCCUGGUGCACAGACCCUCAACCUCAAGAAGGGCCAGGGCGUGUUCUACAACAACAACAUCAUGCACGUCGGCAAGUACAACCUCGCCGUCAAGCGACGCACGCUGCACGGGUGCUACGGCUGCCCCCCGGCCGGCGACACCAGCCGCGCCCGCAACCUCCUCCAGCACGGUCUCGGGUACGCGACUGACCCGUCGUUCAAGAGCACCCUCCCGAGCACCUUGUGGCCCAUGGUUGACCGCCUCAAUGGCCUUCAGGCAAGCAUGGAGGGUGUUGAGCAGGUGUACAGCCAGGACUUGUAG